CUCCACACAACCUGCCUGCCUCUUUCUUUACCUGAAAAAAUAAUUCAUUAAUUAAUCUCAACACCAUCAUUUUCUAUUUAAAUCGUCCCUUCUCCCAUUCUUUUCAAAUCGUCCGUCUUCAGCAUUGUCUGAUCAGAGAAAGCCUUUCGAGAUUUAUCUGUGCCUUUGCGAAAAAAGAAAACACAGGAAGGUACCAUGGCCAGAUUUAUCUCCGUGCUCGAUUUGAAGGCUUUCUCUCGACUUUGCGGUCAUGAUUUUGGAUUUGAAAAUAUAGCCAGGAGACAGUACGGCGCCAUGGCAGGCAAAAUGGAGUUAAGAGGAGUCCAGGCGGAGGUAAAAGAGACAGACGAGAAAAGUAGACAGAGAAGCUGGAUGCCUCACCCUAUUACUGGCUACUAUUUACCAGAGGACCAUUUCGGGGAUAAAGAUAUUCCUCUGUCAAGGGAAAAACUGUUCAAAUCCAAAACCCUACCUUCUCGCCCAAAAAAUUGAGUUCUUCAAAUAUAGAUUUCUCAUUUUACUCAUCUCUGCGGCAGAUGCUUUAUAGUGACGAUCUCUACUGUAUCUGGCAUUUACAGCGAUGUCGAUCUCAAAAGUGCAACGAGAAGGGCCUUGAAUAUUUCGAGUUUGAAUAGAUGUUCAGUUUCCUUUCCCCCGGCGGAAAUUUAUUUUGCAGGCACUAAUAUUUCUUUCACAAAUUUGUAGUCCGGAUACGUUUCAAAGAGGUUUUUAUUGGAAAUAUUAUUUAUUUAUUAUAAAAUUUGGUUUGGUGGAUCA